AUGUCCACGACUGUGAAGGCGCAAGACUUUGCCCAUGAGACCCGCGCCGCAUUCAACGUCUUCGACAAGGACGGUUCUGGUACCAUCUCUGCCGAAGAACUACGUCAGGUGAUGAAGUCCCUCGGGGAAAACCUCACCGAUGCCGAGAUCGACGAGAUGAUUCGCGAGGCUGACAAGGACAACAAUGGAACGAUAGAUUGUACGUGUCCCUAA